GUUGCGCAUGCGCAGUGUAGAGCAGUGGGGGCCGUUGUCUCGGGGAGUGACAGUCUCUAGGAUAAAAUGAAAUGCGGGUGAGACUAUGAGGCGAGAUGGCGUAUCAGGAAGGAGAGACUCUCGAAUCAUGGCUUAAUAAAGCCACUCACCCGACUAACAGGCAGGAGGAUUGGGAGUACAUCAUCGGCUUCUGUGACCAGAUCAACAAGGAACUGGAAGGUCCACAGAUUUCUGUACAGCUUCUUGUUCACAAAAUCCACUCCCCUCAGGAAUGGGAGGCUCUCCAGGCUUUAACUGUGUUGGAGGCCUGCAUGAAGAACUGUGGCAGACGAUUUCACAACGAAGUGGGCAAAUACAGGUUCUUAAACGAGCUCAUCAAAGUGGUUUCCCCCAAGUACAUGGGUGAAAGUGUCUCUGAGAGAGUGAAGACUAAGAUUAUUGAGAUGCUGUACAGCUGGACUGUAGCGUUCCCUAACGAGGUCAAGAUUAAUGAAGCGUACCAGACACUGAGGAGACAAGGACUCAUCUCUUCCGACCCUGAGCUCCCGGUUGAUAAAACUCUGAUCCCGUCUCCACCUUCUCGGCCCAAAAACCCCGUGUUCGACAACGAGGACAUGGGCAAGUUGUUAGCAGAGCUUCUUCGGAGUAAGAACCCUGAGGAUCUUCAGGAGGCCAACAGGCUGAUCAAGAACAUGGUGAAGGAGGACGACGUUCGGGUUCAGAAAAUGACCAAACGCAUGCACACGCUGGAGGAAGUAAACAAUAACGUCAAGCUGCUGAGCGAGAUGCUGAGUCAUUACGACCAAGACGGGUCAUCAGACGCAGACCGUGACCUUAUGAAGGAGCUGUACGAGCGCUGUGACAAACUAAGACGCACAGCAUUCAAACUGGCCACAGAGACAGAGGACCACGACACUAGUUUGGGCGAAAUUCUUCAGGCUAGUGAUGAGCUGGAGAGAGUUAUAAACAUUUAUAAGAAGGUAGUAAAGGGCGAGAUGGAUGGAGAGGAUACUGAGAAACCGAAACCAGCCAUCGGGAAAGGUUGUGAGACAGACACACUCAUUGAUCUGGCUGGUCUGGAUGAACCGCCUGCUCCUCAGACAACUCCUCCCACUCUAGCCUCAGGAGCAUCUCUGACCACUCAGACCGCCUGCAGUAUUCCGGUGAUCCCGCCCCCUCCUCGCCGAUUGCCUGGAGGAUUUGCCAGUCAGACCAGCAGCCCGAUUCACAGAGCCUUAGAGCCAUCGCCGGCCCACUCUUUGCUUGACGAUGAGCUGCUGUCCCUAGGGCUAAAUGAUCCUCCUCUGGUACAGAGCAGACCCAAACUGGAAGACGUGUCAUGGACUUCUUUACAGGCUCCUGCUCCUCCUGGACUCGACCUGUUCUCUGGUGGAGCAGCAGCACCAGGAACUGUGUUUCCUCCUACACACUCCAUAAGCCACCACACACACCCUGACGUGGUGACUCAGGGGCUGCAGGAUCUCGCCAUGCUAAACCUUGGAGAGGUGAAAAGUGUCUCAGCUCCGCCCAUCAUAGCAGUUGGUGUGGGGUUCUCCGCACCCUCCUCACUUUCCUCCAAUCCGUUUAUCAGCUCCACCACGCCCGGCUCGCCCCUGCACUCUCUACAGGGAACCCCUGUGCGCUCUGAGGCGUCUCUCAGCAAUCUGCAUGUCCCCCUCGACUCCAUCAAAACCAGUAAGGCUCUUCCUGUGACCGCGUAUGAUAAAGACGGAGUACGUGUCCUCCUGCACUUCGGCUCUGAGUGUCCUCCUGGGAGACCGGAUGUCCUGGUCAUUGUGGUGUCCAUGCUGAACACGGCUCCUCUCGCUGUAAAGAACAUAGAGCUACAGGCUGCAGUGCCCAAGUCUAUGAAGGUGAAGCUUCAGAGUCCAUCAGGAGCUGAGCUAGCACCCUUUAACCCCAUUCUGCCCCCUUCCUCCAUCACACAGGUUAUGCUUCUCGCUAAUCCGCUUAAGGAGAAGGUGCGUCUGCGCUACAAGCUGAUGUUCCUCCUCGGUGAGAGACAGUACUGUGAAGUGUGUGAGCUGGACCAGUUUCCUCCACCAGAGAGAUGGGGAAACCUAUAGAGCUGACACGCACACACACACACACACACACACACACACACACAAAGCAAGAGCUGUCUUAGACAUCUGUUAGAAAACUUCUGGUUUAUUUAUUAAAUUGUGUUUUAUUAAAGCUGUAAAUGAUGAGAGUGUGUUUCAGGGUCCAGGUUAGCUUCUAGUCACUUUGAGCUACAGCGCUGAUGCUAACCCUGAGAUUUCACACGUGGACAUCAAAUCGUCUCUGAAAAGGAAAUCACAGCUACUGCAGUCUCUGUCUUUCUCUGUCUUGAAACAAGGUCAUAACUCCCAGUUGAAGUCUUCUAAUGUGCAAGUUGAGGUUGUCAGUGAUUGACAAAUGUGUCUCUUCCACAAUUUGAUGAAAAGUUACAUGACAAUUUUUCAGGAUCAGGCAGUCCACUUGCUGAAUGUACACGAAACAACCACUUCUGCCAGGAUCGUCAUUUACGUACAUCCGGCUUUCUUUAAAAUGUUUGUAUGAAUCAAAUAUUUUACCGCGGCUAUGAGUCUCAUCACCGUACUCUGCCUGAAGUCUUCUGUAAAUGUCAAUCACUUUUACAGUCCUGGUUUGUUACCUCUUUCCGGUAAUUUUAAUGUGAAACAUGUGGUGUAUACAUCCAGUGUCACCCAAUCAGAAACAGUCUGGGGACGGAGCCACUGUCUUUCAGUUUCCUGUUAUUUUUUUUUUGUGUGUGUGUAAGUUUACGACAUAACUUUUAAUUAUUAAUUUCUAUUUUAAAUUAUAUUCGCUUGGCAUUAAAAGUUUGUUUUUUUGUUCAAUUCACAAGGUGAUAACAUUAGUGUGAGACGCCCACAUGUGAUACAUUAACAGACACCUCAUGCCACAAGAGGCAAACUCACUCAGAGUCUGUCGCCUUUUAGUGUGAACUCUUUUUUUUAUUGUUUAUGUAUGAAAUCAUACUGUUUAACUUAAACAACAUGGUUUAUUUUACAUCUUAUGUUUACUGAACUAAUGUGUUUUAAUUUAUUGAUGUAACUGUGUUUUUUAAUCGUUGUGUUUUUAAUUCUUUUAUUGUUUUAUAUUAGUGUGAGAGAGAGAGAGAGAGAGAGAGAGACUGUAUCCAGUCUGUAUGAGUCUAAACAAUGCCAUAAAAUUUUUUGUCCUGAUCACUGAAGUUGUAAAUGUUUAAAACAGGAAACUGAGACUGUGUGUGUGUGUGUGUGUGUGUGUGUGUGUGUGUGUAUGUGUGUGUAUGUGUGUGUAUGUGUGUGUAUGUGUGUGUGUGUGUGUGUGUGUGUGUGUGUGUGUGUGUGUGUGUUUGCCUUAUCCUCUCAAUGGUGUUUUCAGCUCAUGCAGACCCUUAAACCCACGUACUGUAACUGUACAGACUGCAGAUUGUGUGUAUACAAGAGUUCUUCUGUGUGUGUGUCCAGUAUGUGCUCGUGUCAUGCAACAGUUGUACAGGAAAUAGUUUGAACAUGUGAUCUGUUCAGCUGCAUGCAGAAAUAAAAUUUCUCUUUUAAAUUAACUAAA